AUGACUUGGCACAAGACCCUGCACCAGCAAUAUCUUGAGGCUUAUAUGAGCUACAUGGCUCUUCGAAUGGCCCUGUUACCUCCCGAAUCCGCACCACAGCUACUAGAGCAGGUCAAGACCGACUGUCUGAUUUUAUAUAAUAUCUUCACUGCUCGCUACCUAAAUACACGUGUUCUCGUACCCAAACGGGGAAACUUCAGUCUCGCCUGGGACUAUGCCAGCGAUCCUGCUCUUCACGAUCGCUUCGUCACCAUGUUCCGCGUAUCCCCGCACGUCUUCGAGGCCGUUCUUCAUCUAAUCCGAAAUCACGUCGUCUUCAAAAACAACUCCAACAACGAGCAAACCGAUCCUCGAGACCAACUCGCCGUCACUUUGUACCGCAUGGGCCGUUUCGGAAAUGGUGCUUCCGUGCGUGAUGUAGCCAGAGAUGCAGGGAUCUCGGAAGGCGCUGUACAUGAUUUCACGGAGCGAACCCUCACUGCCAUCAUGUCGUUACAUGACCAGUUCGUUCGCCCUUUGACCGACGAGGAGAAGGAGAUAGAGAAGUGCUGGAUUGAGGAGCAGUUAGGAGUGGCAGGUUCAACCUGGCGGGAGGGUUAUAUCAUGUACGAUGGAACGAUUAUCGUGUUCUAUGGUCGCCCUGGCAUGGAUGGGGCUGCGUAUUACACACGCAAACAGAAUUACGGCUUUAAUGCACAGAUCGGCAAUGCACCAUCAAAUCUUCGCAUCGUUGAUUAUUGUGUUGGGCUCACAGGGUCUGCCCAUGACUCUACCGCCUUCAAGCAUACGGCUGCCGGACGCUGGCCAGAUUGGAUGUUUAAGGGCAAAGAGUUUGCGUGGGCAGACUCUGCAUAUGAUGUUGAUCAUCACACCAUUGCUGUUCACAAGAAACCAGAGGCAGAUGAGCCCCGCAACCGCUUAUUUGACCGAGUCGUAUCUGGUCUGCGCGUUCGCUCCGAGCACUGCAUGGGAGCCUUGAAAGGACGUUGGCAAUCGCUCCGAGGUCUUCGUGUGCCUAUCAAUAAUGCGAGCGAUCACCAUCGGGCAUCGCGUUGGGUCUCCUGUUGCAUCAUCAUGCAUAAUGCUGUCAUCGACAUAGAUGGCUGGCUUGGGGUCAUCGAAUUCGCUCCCUUGCAUACACGCAAGGACGAACACGACGACUCGGGUGAUAAUGACGAACCCAUCGAACCCUUCGAUGAGGACUUCGAUGAGAAUGAUCCAGAGGCAAGACGGAAGGAGUUGGUGCAGGAGAUUAAUGAUAUUAAGGCAGCCUUUCCUCAUCUACGUCUAUAG